AUGGCCGACCUCAAAGACGUGGAGGCGCCGCAAAACCUUCACAAUGAAGAGAAGGACGCCGUGGCCUUCGAGAUGGACGAUGUGGCAGACCAAAAGCUACAGAACGAGCGCGAAGCUGCCAUGGACUUCGAACUGCAGCAGCUCGAAGAGCAGGUGCAUGUUCUCCGCAAGUCCCGCUUCGAGAUGACCUUGACCGACCCGGCGAAAUUCACCUGGAUCCUCGUUGCUUUUGCUUCCAUGGGUGGUAUGCUGUCUGGACUUGACCAGUCGCUCAUCAGUGGUGCAAAUUUAUACCUACUUGUCGAUCUGCACUUGACCUCAGCGAACAACAGUCUAGUCAACGCCGGCAUGCCGCUCGGUGCCGUUGCCGGUGCUCUUCUCCUUUCUCCGGCGAAUGAGUAUCUCGGUCGUCGUAUGGCGAUCAUUGUCUCUUGCAUUUUGUACACUAUUGGUGCCGCCCUGGAGGCAGGCGCCAUCAACUUUGGAAUGAUCUUCACUGGUCGAUUCAUUCUCGGCGCCGGUGUCGGUUUGGAGGGUGGUACCGUUCCUGUCUAUGUCGCGGAGUGUGUCCCCCGCAAGAUCCGUGACUUGUUGCAUUUCCGCCUGGCAAAGGUGUUUUCUCCUGAGCCGUAUGAGGAAGUUGAUUCAAAUUGA